AUGAUGGAAUUUGUUACCUUCUUCGGCUUCCUCCUGGCUGGAGUGCAUGCCCAGCAAGCUGCCAAUUGCGAGUACCAGUCGCUGAAGUGCGGCUCUGUGCUGCUUGCUGCUCCUUAUGGCUACACCUCUACCCAGCUGCUAGCAGCCGUCAAUGACACAGCGUCCAUCCCAAUCUUGACGACCGCCCAGUUGUCCGCAACCCUAUUCCACUGUUACGAUAUUCUAGGCGAUAUCACCGGCAACUCCUACUGCUUCGCCGGCUGCGACACCAAGCCCGGCACGCGCAACGACCAAUGUAUCAUGUAG